AUGGACUACACGCAAUUUGACACGAGUGGUGGUGCAGGGGGUGACUCAAAAGGUGUCCUACAAAAUGGCGCGAAUUGGAGCUUCAAAUACGACGCGCUGAAUGGGGAGCGGCUGAAUGGAAAAGUAGCUAGUACGAAACUAAUUAGCGCAAAUUCGCAGAAAGCAGAGCAGCUAGCCACGCAGAAGCACAAAGAGAAGGGAAAUUUUAAGCGAAUAAUACACAACACCAUCCGUCUAUUCAAGUCACAAAUUUUAAGGGGCUUAAUAUUUAAAGAACAAAAAGUAAUAGAACCGGAAAAAGAAAUAUUCAACAUGAGAUUCUUCCUAAAUGAUGAGCCAACCGAUAGCCUCCCCCAAAGUGUGGUAACCCAUAAGCAGAGCAGCGAAGUGAGCAAAGUUGCAGAAAGGAAAAAACAGAUUGUCACUAAGAAUGACAAAAUAAUUCCACUGAAAAAAUCUAUCAAAGCUAUAAUCGAUAAGCCCAUAAGUAAAAAAAUUCAAUUGAAAGAAAAGACUCUCGAGGAUAACUCGCAAACGAGUGAAACGUCCCUUCUAUCCAGUGAGCCAUUCGAAAAGUGUUACGAGGUGGAAAUAAAUGAAUCCAAAAUUCCUCGGAUUCAGGAAUUAUUUGGACGAAUGAGAAAAGGAAGUGACUCCACGGAAAUGGAUGGAGAGGCGUCGGUCGGCAAGGGGGAUAGACGCGUCGGAAGGUGCAACAUGUUGUGGGAUAGCACCCAUAGUAGUAGCGGUGGGAGCGGCAAAAGUGAUGAAAGCAGCGAAAGUGAUGAAAGCAGGCAAAACGGUGAAAACUAUAAAAGCCGUGGUAGACGUGCCCCGUUAGGCGAAGAACUCAAGGAGACCGCCCCCCUAGGACACAAAGCCAGCAUCUUUAAUAACCUACUACAAAGUGUGAAGCCUUGUAGAAGCUACAAUAUGGAUGAGAGCCACCCAUUAUACAACUCCUUGUGCAAAAAUGAAGACUCCUUCUUAAGUUCCAACUGGCACGAUCGAAUCAAUUACGCAUUCCGAAACAUAUGGGCCUUAAAGGAAUAUAUACCCGAUGACAAAAGUGAGGGCGAAAGAGAAAAGGAGUUUUAUAACGAGCUAGAAUUAUUUCACAUGUCCAGCAAAAUAGGGGCCUGUGGAUUAAUAUACUCUCUAUUUUUUCGAAAGCAAGAAUCGGAGAAUAACUCAAUAAGUUAUUUUAAAAAAUGUUUUGUCCAAGUGUCGAAAGAGAGCUAUCCUCACAUUUACAAAAUAUACAGACCCAAAUUUGAUGAUGAUUUAGUUUUCCUAUUUGACAGUCUCGUCUUUACGGUAAUUUUGGGAAGCAGAAGGAAUGGCAUCAAUUAUAACAUGGCAAGAAAAAUAUACAGCAAUGAUAUUAAGGGAAAGAACGUGCUAUGUGAUUGUAUAUUUAGUCUGAAAAACGGUUCGAAGUUUUCGUUACCUGUGGCUAGCCAAAUUGACUUCAUGGGGAUGCGCGUCAUUUCGGAACCGCUAAUGCCUUUAAGUGAGGCCUACCCCCCUGUAGAUGUCAUUAAGGACAUAUUUAGAGGGUUCACAUUUAGCAAUUACAUAAGUGAUGGUGGUGACAACGAGGGUGCCAAUGGGAAUAAGUACCACCUCAAUGGUAAGCAGACAAUGGAGAGGACACCACAAAAUAAACGUAAUAAUUUACCCAACGAGGAAAAACACCUAAAGAAGAAAAAGGAAAAGAUGUUCUAUGAAAGGCUGCUGUUGGAGAUGGAAAACUAUGACCACGAGUUGUACCAGCAGAUAAUGCAAAUGAGCGAUUCUAUGAAUUACCACUGCUGUAUUUUCCCCUUUGGAUUCUCCAACUACUACGAAUGUAAAGUGUUUAAAAAGAGAAACAAUGUAAAAAUUUUCAAAUCGCUAAUUGACAAUCUGUUCAUUGUACGUGGGGCAGAAGAGGUACUCCCCCCAUAUGUUGACAACACAAAUGGAGGAGGAGACUUCACCAAAAGGAUAAGAUACGAGUUCAUAAAAGAUUACUAUCAGCACUCAUUAAGUAAUACCACCUUAGCUAUUGACAUUCAGAAUUAUAAAUUGAAAAAGUAUAAAAAUAAUGUCGACCUAUUGAAAGACGCUAGUAGGGAAUGCGUCCACAACAUUGACAAUUAUAUUUUACCCAAAGUUGUAAAUAUCGUCUCAAAUUUUAGCGACAGUUUUGACAUUACACAGGUUUAUCACUCCCACGGGGUUAACAUGCAUCACCUGGGCUAUCUGCUACGCACUUAUAGGGACACUGUACCCCCGGAAUUCCUGUCAGAGGUUAUCUGCAGAGAAAUUAUUUGCCGCACACUCAAAUCCAUAUAUUAUGAGCACAUACAUUCGUUUCUGUUAGGAGCACUUGGAAGAGACAAAAGGGGUAGAAGCGCAAACAUUAGAAGUGGAAAUCAGCAUUGUUCUGAUAAUGCCUACUCUGUGUUCCCUUUCAUUAAUGAGGAUAAUGUCCAUCAUUAUGACCUGGCCAGUGGUAGCAGCAGGCAGAUGACGAAUGACCAGUGGAAGCAGGGGACACUCGAAGGAUGCAACAAAUUUAUAUGCUUCUGCGAAAAGUGUUUCACGGAGUGGGAUUAUUUUCCCGAGUUUGUGCCACAUAAAUUGCUAAUUCGGUUGGCAAACUUAACCCUAAAUGUUCAGACAGUAAAUUCACUGCAAUUCUGGCACCAGGUGUUAAUUCCAGAGUGCAUAAGCAAAUUUAAAAUAAAUUUAAGCGACCAUAUUAACAUUAAGGAGAUUGAAGUUUACGGACUGCUCGUCUGCAUGGAGUACCACUUCGGCGUCUACUUUAACAAGGAAUGUAAGCGGAAUUAUAAGGUGAGGUUGCCUCUAACCUUGGAGGAUAUGUCUUCCUUUGGUUCCAAGAAGGAGGGCGUUCUUUUUCCGAAUGUUGCCCACCUGAGGGGGAUCUGCGACUGGGGGGGGGGAGAAGCGACUGAAAAAGAGAUUGGAGAAUCGAUCGCAGAGGCGACUGCAGAACCGAUCGGAGAAGCUCCAAGUGAAAUCUCGAGCGACCAGUGUGAUGACGAACCAAGCCCUGCAAAUCCCUAUGGGUAUAUGAGCGAAGCGGCCAGAAGUGACACCCGUGCGAGGGAGAGGGGACACGCUUACAAGUCUCCCUACAGGGCUUCCACCACGGUCGCACAAAACAGCGCACACAGGGGUUACAACAGAUCAGGCCGUGGUGUAAGUGGAGGCUGGAAAGGCAAACCUACGUGGGAGAAAAGAACAAUCACAAGCAAUGACGAUGAUAGUUCUGCCCUCUCCACCAAUGAUAGCACCCAAAUUGGACACCAAAACGUGUACUCCUUGGUUGACAAAAUACGCAAAAAAAAAUGCUUAUCCUUGCGGAGAAGUAACCGUGGGGGAGAAAAACACAAAAGGGAGCUUACACCUAGCGCCACCGUGGAUAAUCGCAUAAGGGAGAACCUCCAGAGCAAUCGGCACCAGUGCAGUAAUUUCCAAAGGAGUAACAUCGCUCUCUUUUAUCCCAAGACGAACGGAUGCUUUCCGAAGUAUGCCACGUGGAGUUUCAGAACGAUGGAAAAGCUCAUAUCAUCAAACAUCAUGGUGCAGGAAAAAUUUAAAGUAAAAAAUAUGCUAAAGGAAAACAUUCUGAACAUAAUACACCCGAAACAGAGCGACUUUUUACAGAUGAGCAAUAUAUGCACACUUGGCUCCUGCAACAAAAUCAAGAGCUUUAUCAAUGAGUAUAAUGUUCCUUGCCACCCCUACUGCAUACUGAAUGAAAAAAUGAAAUGUAUAAAUUAUGUUAGGGCUAAGAAGUGCAUUUAUCUCCUGCUAAAUGUUAGUCUGAAUAAAAACAUUUUCGAGUUAUCCAAAUGGUUUUUGUUUCUGGCCUAUCUGCAUUUCGAGCAUGGCUAUGUGAAGAAGUGCUUAGACGUUUGCUACUACAUUUAUGGGGUGAUUCCGAACAUAGGCACCCUAAGGAGGGACAUACUCGUCCUAAUCCUUCAGUGCAAAGUGAAGGAGGGGAAUAUAGACGAUGCGCUAAUAAUUUACAAGCUCAUCGUCAUUUUUAACAAAUUUUAUGAGGGACAUGGGAACAGCGUCCAGACGCUUGUUUGCAACGUGCUAAUGGCUAGCUACUACUAUGAUAGGGCAAACGAGUGCAGUGGGAGGAGUAGCAGAGGGAGAAAUCCGAGUCGGAAUGACAUCUGUGAGAAGGUCUUCUGUGACAAAGGGUGGGAGGAUUACCUCGGUAACAUUCCCAGUGUAGAGUGUAGAAAUCACGACCCCGAUGAUUAUCAAACGAGUGAAGCUACCAAAAAGAAAGAAUAUGCAAAGAACAAGUUGUUGCUAGACCAAGUGGACCAUUUGGAGUUAAAGAAAAAGUAUUUACUAAAAGCCUUGCACUACUCGGAAGAAAGCUAUAGAGUCAUUUCAACAACGUUAUGUGAUAUUUCUAUGCAUUACGUGUGCAUAUUUGCACUGAUACUACAAGGGAAUAUUUUAAUGGGGCUACAAAAAUUCCAGAGCGCGAUAAAGUACUAUACGAUAUCGCUGCAGAAUUGUGAACGAGCCAAACUCCCUAACUUUGUUACAUUGCACAAUAAAUGCCUACUAGCGGACUCGUUAAAAAAUAACGGCAAUUAUGAUAAAGCCAUCGAAAUAGCAGAAGAAUGCCUAAAGACAUUAAGCAGCUGCACGAAGUCGUCACGCAGUCUAACACUGUAUGUAAUUUUUCGGCUAGCUGAGAUGAAGCAGUACAUAGGGUGUAGAGAUUUAAUUUAUCCAAAUAUCUUCUUAGGAAACAUUUCCAAUGUUCACAUUAAAAAAAGAAUUACCACUUCAGAUUUUCUCAUCUUCGAAAAAAGCUACUUGAAUGAAAAGAAUAAAAAGUAUAGAAAGGAGUCAAUUGACUUGUACAUAAAAUUAUACGAUAAGUUAAGAAGCCAGAAGAACUACAACCUCGUUUUUGCUAAAGACAUUUUCGGGUGCUACUACACCAAGGAUGAUUUCUUAUCCUACCAGGAUGUCAAAACAGACAUGGCAGAAGAGGAUAUGGAAAAAAUUUUCCUAGUGAUACAAGAGAUCCUCAAAAUAAAGGUAAUUUCGUUAAGCAUGAAGAAGCAGUUCAUGUUGGCUUCUAAACUGUUGGGCAUCGUGUUAACAAAGAAUUCUUCCUCUUUUGUAAGAGAAUUGACGCUGCUAAGAAGGGGGGCAAAAAAGGGGGAAAGAAAUGGAGCGUACGAACAGAACCUACCAUAUGGUAAGUUCCCCCCCUAUGAGUGCACCUCCACGGGGGUACACCCCAGCGUGAAAAAAAGGGAAGAAGACCAUUUGGGUAGCACGACACACAACCAGAACAAUGACCAAGUGUACAUAACCGACCUUCUCAGCGAUGUGCAGACAAAUAUCCAGCAGAAAUAUCCCAGAAAAACUUUAAAUUUCCAACUUGAUGAUUUCCACCAAAGUAGGCAAAGCAAUUUCUUCCACAGAAGUUGUUACACACGCGAAUAUGAUUACAUAUCUAUCGAGAAGCUCCUCUUCGAUGACACUUAUUUUGUCAUAGAAGACAUAUGCAAAUACUGCUAUUCAAAAUGUGACACGUAUAAUAGUAAGCAAAAGGUUGGGGCAGAGACGAAUUCGACUUACUUGCUAAACCCUAGCCUAUGGUUUGAUUUACUUUUCUUUUCCGUCAUGAAAGGCACUUGUAGUCAUAACGAACUGCUCAUCCUCAUCGACUUGGUUAAAUUUUUCCUAACGCCUUUGCAGAAGCAGCUAAUUUUAUUUCAUGUCAAAUCGUUAAGCAAUAUUCGCGGAAAUGAGCAGUACUCCGAGUAUAUACAGCACUUGCUAAAUAAUGAGGGCAAGGAAAUUUUCCGCAUUAUGAAUAUCCUGGAUGGGGAAAAAAAUUCAGGCAAUUUGUGUGUAGGAGAACACCCCGAACUUUCCAAUUUGCACAAAAAGGAUGUCAUAAAAAACGUUGACUAUUUGUCUAACAUAAUUGUGACCAAUCCCUGGCUCAUGUCGCCUUCCAAUACAUUUGGCAGCGCAAGGUGA